AUUCCGUUAAUCAAUAGAAUAAGAGAAGUUGUUAAUUGGAAUGUAGAAUGCUUAAUCUUCAAAGUAAAUUAUUUUUCCAAAAAGGGAAGUAGAGAUAGCGAUGGAUAUAUUUUUAUACCAAAAAGGAAAAUGGUGGAGCGAAGAUUUUCUACCAUAUACUCUAAGUACAAGAAUAAAUCUUGAUUUAAGGAACAUAACAUGAUAGCUUAACACAACUUGCAACUGAGGAUUUUAAAGUCAAAAGAUACACCUGCUUGUUGUCUCUCAGGUUAACUUUCUUUCUUUACCGGCAAUCCCAUUUCUGUGUUUUUGCUUCAAGGGUGUGUUUGUGAAAUUACAACUAUGUCCAGAGUAGACGAUGUAGAAAAUAGCUAAUGGACAUGUAGUUUCACUAAGAUUGUUGUUUAAAACACCAUACAAAAUUCCUUUACUCGGCAAAAUAAUCAUUAUUAGCUUCAGCAACAAAACAUAUGAUUUUGAUAACAGAGUCUUUGAGCGAAAUUUCUAGAGGUCGAGGAAGCAUUUGUAUUAAAGUGGCUUUACCUAGUUUAAGAUAAUCCUAUUACUGAAAGGAGUCCCCUUCUACAUUUAAGAGAUUCUGUUCACAAUAUUAGUCUAGUAUGUAAAAAGAUCAAUAUGAGAAGCCCCUCUUUGCGUAAAGAGAUCAGGGACAUUAGACAUUUAUGUACUAGCUUUUGGCACAAACAUUAAGAAAUCCAUUUAAAUGACAGUAAUUAUAAGAGUUUUUUUUGCCGAAGUUACCCUUUAUAUUUUUUCAAAUCUAAGUUGCUCGGACUCUUCCCUAAUGGUGCUGCACCCAUGUCGACAUGACUGAGACAUUAAUACCAAUACGCAUUGUCAUGAGUGUAAGACGAGUUACACUGAACACACACUGAGACAGAAAUAUCAAUAUUGAGUGUUUACAGCAGCAUGAGUCUCAAUGUUCAAUGUGUAGAAUUCAAAUCAAAAUUGAUUAACCAACAAUAACAACAAUCAUAUCUAGUAUAUUCCCACAAAGUGAUGAGAUGUGGAGAGAUUUAACGUAUAUGCAGUCUGGACCUCUAAACCCCUGACUUGAGAUAAAUACUUUGUGGAUGAGAUGUGGAGAGAUAACGUAUAUCCAGUCCGUACCUCCAAACCCCUGACUUGAGAUAAAAGCACUUUGUGGAUGAGAUGUGGAGAGAUAACGUAUAUGCAGUCCGUACCUCUAAACCCCUGACUUGAGAUAAAAACACCCAAAAAAAAAAAACGUAUAAAAAAAUAAAUAAUAGAUAAUAACAAAAAUUAAAAUACUAUAAAAUAAUACUACAAUAAUCUACCCAAAACAGCAUCCAACAAGAAACCAGAAGCUUACCACUAUAACUACUAGUACUACUUUUAACCGAACAAAAAACUCUGCAAAUAGUUUCCGCUACUGACAAUUGCCGUUGCUCCUAUUGGAACAUUUUCUGACAUGCUACUUGUUAAACCCUGCCGGAGGACCCUCCAGAGCUCAAUCCCCGACACCUUUUUUGUCGAAAGAGCUGUAUCCAUUCUCAAAGGCAACGACCCAAUUUCCUUGAACUCCAUUUCUUCCCAAUUUACCCCUCAAUAUGCUUCUUCUCCCCUUUUCCAAUGCCAAUUCGAUAAAUUACUUGUUCUAAGGUUCAUCAACUGGGCACGUAACCGCCAUUUCUUCAACCUUAAUUGUAAGUGUAUUUCCAUUCAUAUCCGUACUCGUUUCAAGCUCUACAAAACUGCACAAUUCCUUGCUGAGAAUGUCGCGAAAUUCGGCGAUAACAGGGGUAAUUCGGUCUUUUUCUGUCUCAACGAUACUUACCAUUCUUGUAAGUCUAGUUCUGCUGUGUUUGACUUGAUGGUUAAAUCAUACUCUCAUUUGAAAAUGAUUGUUAGAGCUAUGAAUGUAUUUGAAUUAGCUAAGUCUAUUGGGUUUAUGAUCACUUUUUUGUCUUAUAAUUCAAUUCCUGAUGCGUUGAUCAGGGAUUCGUGUAACGGGUCUUUUGAAUUAGCUCAAAAGUUUUAUGAUGAUAUGGUUAAAUCCGGGGUUUCACCUAAUGUCUAUACUUAUAAUAUUAUGAUCCGAGGGCAUUGUGGAAGAGGGGAUAUGCAAAAGGGUUUGGUUGUUUUCGAUGAAAUGGAAAAAAGUGGUUGCUUGCGAAAUGUGGUAACUUAUAACACUAUAAUAGGUGGUUAUUGUAGGAUAGGUAAGGUUGAUGAUGCAGUUGACUUGUUGAAACCAAUGCAAGUGAGGAACUUGGAUCCGAGUAUGGUCACAUAUAAUGCUAUUAUUAAUGGGUUGUGUCGAGAAGGAAGGAUGGAAGAGACGAGUGAGAUUUUGGAAGAAAUGAGGGUAAAGGGUUUAAUGCCUGAUGAGGUGACGUAUAACACACUGGUAAAUGGAUAUCGUAGAGAGGGUAAUUUUCACCAAGCACUUGUUUUGCACUCGGAAAUGUUAAGGAAUGGGUUGUCUCCAGAUGUUGUAACUUAUACUUCUCUGAUUAAUAGCAUGUGCAAGACUGGGAAUUUGCACCGUGCAAUGGAAUUUUUCGAUCAAUUGCGUGCUAGGGGAUUAUAUCCCAACGACAGAACUUACACAACAUUGAUUGUUGGCUUUUCUCAGCAGGGUUUUAUGAAUGAGGCUUAUAAGCUUUUGAAUGAAAUGAUUUCAAAUGGCUUUUCCGCUUCAAUAGUAACCUACAAUGCCUUAAUUAAUGGGCACUGUGCAGUGGGCAGGAUGGAAGAUGCUUUACGUGUGACUCAGGAGAUGGAACAGAGAAGACUGGUUCCAGAUGUUGUAACAUAUAGUACAAUAGUAUCUGGGUUUUGUAGAAACCGUGAUAUGGAAAGAGCAUUCUCUGUUAAGCAACAGAUGGUUGAAAAAGGGGUUUUACCUGAUGUUAUUACUUAUUCAUCCCUUAUUCAAGGUCUUUGUGCGCAGCAAAGCCUAACUGAAGCUUGUGAACUUUUCCAAGAGAUGUUGAGAGAAGGUCUGCAACCUGAUAAGUUUACAUAUACUACACUUAUUGGUGCAUACUGUGCAAAUGGGGAUAUUAAGGGUGCUUUUCACCUGCAUCACGAAAUGAUCCAUAAGGGCUUCUUUCCUGAUGUCGUCACUUACAAUGUCCUAAUCAAUGGGCUUAACAAGCAAGCUCGCACUCCGGAAGCAAAGCGGCUUCUGUUCAAGUUGUUGUAUGAGCAAUCAGUGCCAAAUAGUGUCACUUAUGACAUGUUGAUAGAAAGUUGCAAAGAUCAUGAAUUUAAGAGUGCGUUAGAUCUUAUUAAAGGAUUCUGCAUGAAAGGUUUGUUGAAUGAAGCUGACCGAGUUUUUGAGUUGAUGCUGCAAAAACACAAGAAUAAGCCGAGUGAAGUAGCUUAUAACCUACUUAUACAUGGUCAUUCCAGGGGUGGGAAUUUGCAUAGAGCCUUGAAUCUUUACCGAGAAAUGGUUAGUCUUGGAUUUGUUCCUCAUACAGUAAGCAUUAUUGUGCUGAUGAAAGAACUUUUUAAAGAAGGGAUGAGUGAUGAAUUAAAUCAAUUAAUUCGAAGCACAUUGGAAACCUGUAAACUUGCUGAUGGUGAGGUAGCAAAAGUUAUUGUUGAGGUGAACUUCAAGGAGGGAAAUAUGGAUGCAGUAUUCAAUGCACUUACUGAUAUGGCCAAGGAUGGUCUGCUUCCAAAUAGUGGGAAAACCGCUUUUUGUUACAUGCCACAAUAAAGUACUUAUCAUCUAAAAUAAUCACACAACUGUUUCCAUGUAUGAGGUAGAGUACAUCAAGCAAGCAGGAAACUGAGUUGCAACAAAUUGUUUCCCCUCAUUUAGAUUUCUCAUGCAUAGUGAAUAUGGGAGAGCUAGAUUAUGAGCAACAUUCUUUUGAGAAGGUUAAAGUCCCACUUUGCUUGGAAAAUGUAUAACCUUCCACAUGCUAGAAGUGGUAGGUCGGGUCCAUGUACCAGCAAUGCAUUGAGAAAAAGGAUGAACGGACAAUUUUUUAGUUCCUCUCAGCUUGUUUGAAAAGUUGAAACAAGACGUAGAGAAGGAAGUGAGUUUCAUUCAAGAAAGUAUGCAAACUCCAGUGUGGUUUUACAAUAAUGGUAUACCAAAAUAAUGGAGAACAUAAAGGGAUCAGAAAAAACCAAGAGCUCUGCCCCAGAUAAUACAAAGAUGUUGAGGCAAUAGCUCAUGCAACAAAUGAACAUCCUUUACACUGCUUGCAGAACACACAAAGGAACUCUUGCAAAGAGAUAAUACUAUUGACAUGCCUAUCGUAUCUCAAAGGCAUCGAAAUGCUGCUGCUGUUUCUGCAUCCAUACAUCACACGCUUUAUGUCAUCAAAUUGGGUUCUAGUGCAAGGAGAUGCCAAUAUAAUUCUUUUCUGGAUCUGCUCUCAGUAGAGUAAUCCAAGUAAUUGGAUUUUUCAAUACUAAAUCUGACUCCACAAUUGCAGGCAAUUACUGUUUCUACUUUCUACAUCCUUGUUAUUUGGCAACUCUUUUAUUGCUCACUCUUAAUAUCUAACGCUCCCUUGCCUUAAGAUUUGUUUCUUAACAAGUGUUGACCAUUAGACUAAAGGCCUAUAAUUAAGAAGAUUCACCAAAUCCAUCUUUGACCCCAAAAUCCCCACUCCUUUUCUUUUGAUAGAAAAAUCUAAGACUUCUCUUAUUGGAGUUAUAGCAUAAAUAGUUGAGAAAUUACUGUAUCGCAGUUGAUGAGCUGUCGUAAGGGGAAACAGAAUAGGUCAGAAUAGAUCGAAGAUUUUGAAAGCAAAUCGAACUAGGUUAGCAGCAGCACAUUCAACCUGAUUUCAAUUGGAUUAAUUCGGAAUCAGAUUUUAUGGGUAAAGAAGGACCAUGUUUCCAUUGUGGCCUCAAGGAAACCUCCAAUUGGAGAAAUGGACCACCUGAAAAGCCAGUGCUCUGCAAUGCAUGUGGACUAAGAUGGCGGACAAGGCAGACACUGGACGGCUAUAUUCCCAAACAUGCUAAUGGAGAAAUACAAAGGUCUCAGUUACCUUCUGAGAUGAAGCCGGCUCGUGAUGAGCAAAAGCUAGAAGUUGGAGUAGAGGUUUCUGGACAGGAUGGCUCUUCAGCUUGUCUUGAAGUGGAGAUGAAUAACGUAUUAACCAUAGGUUCAGCAGGAUCAGCCUCAGACAACUGCAUUCAGAUGGAAGAAACAAAUGGGGAAGCAGACAAAGAUUCUAUCUGGAAUCCUGACAGUGUCCCCAAAAGAAAGAAAUCAAAGCUUGGACAACCUGUUUUGUCUCCUGUUGUUGAAAGAAUCCAGAGGCAGCUUCAUAAUAAUCUGCAGGCACCAGACUUUGAAGAUAUAUCUGUCGGUGAUGAAACUGUUACUUUAAUUUAUGCAAAGAACCGAUACAUUCCAUCUGAUGAGAUUGGUCUUGGAGCGAUGUUGUUCGUACCACCACCAACUACUACAGAAUGCUCGAUGUCUGUUAACUCCAAUGACAGAAUAUAAUGUCUCUUUUUCAAUGCAUGUUUCUGGAGAAAAAUUAACAUCUAUAAGUGAAUUUUGAAGAGUGUUAUGUUGCUACUUGAGGGCAUUUAAUGAAACUCCGUACUAAAUUAUUUUGAGUCUUAA